ACCGCUACUCUCGCGAUGUCUCGUAUUAAGGCGUUCAGUCGCAGUAACGUAAAUCGAAUAUUGUCGGUGCACAGCUGGCAGGCUUGGCAGCCUUCUCCACACCGUUUACCUAGAAACAACAACAUGACAAGGGGGAAUCAGCGUGACCUUGCUCGUGCUAGAAAUGCCAAAAAACAAGGGAAUGACAAGGGAAAGAAGGCUGAUGAUGGCAUGUCUGCAGCUGCGAGGAAGCUGAGGGAUGCAGAGAUAAUGCAACAGAAGCAGAAAAAAGCCAAUGACCCUAAGCCGGCCGACGAGAAAGCCAAAUAGCAGGAUACAGAGCCCAAUCACAACUAUUCUCAGAUACCGAGAUGUUACCCAUUAUUGAAAGAUGACCAGGUCUUGCUUUUGUCCCAUAAUCUGGGGUUUAGAACCAGUUUGUAAUAUUUUGUGGUGGUGGUACAGUAUAGUUUGGGAAAUGAAUAAGGACUAAUGCGUAUGCCUAUUCCAAUACACAGGUCGAAUGUUAAUCAGUAUUUACAAUGUAAAGAGCAGGAAUUUCAAACUCCACUACUUGGAAUUACAAAAAAGCUUGUAUUUUUGUAUUUCCUCAUCUAGAUUGUUACACAACUAGUGGUUUAUGGUUUCUAUACCAUGUUUAUUGCUUUUAUAUUGAGGAUGAACAUAUGCAGUGCUGUAAGAUUAAUCAAAUAAACUAAUGAAAGAUUCAA